AUGGAUGUCCAAGGGGAUUUCGUCCAGACAAUUGCUAAUGUGGGCAGCACAAUGAUCAUCCUGUUAUGUACAUUUAUUAAGGUACCACAAAUUAUGCACAUAAAACAGAAACAGUCUGCUAAAGGCAUAUACUUGCAAGCUAUACUGCUGGAAGUCUCUGGAUUCACAAUAAUAGCACUAUAUAACUAUACAAACCAGUACACCCUCAUUACAUAUCUGGAGUACCCCAUAGUUCUUUUGCAAGUGUACACGAUGUUUUACUACGUGUUAAAGUAUAAGAGCAUGCUACACCUACCAAGGGUACAUAUAUGUAUCUUCAUAUAUUUCUCUAUACUGGCGGCAUUCAUGACAGGACUGCUGCCUAAAGUGCUUCUUUCUUAUCUAAUGCCACUAUGCCCUCCACUGAACGGUUUCGCAAAAAUUACUCACAUGUAUGGGAUCAUCAAGGCAGCUAAUGCAGACGCAGUAUCAUUAACUACGUGGAUCAUUUCUGUAUCAGCUAAUUGCGCUCGCAUAUUCACCGUGUAUGUGGACUCUGCAGAUUGGAGACUGAUGGCGAAUUUCAUUGUCUCCACCACACUUGGUUCUGGAGUGUUAACGUCUGCUAUAUAUUAUAAACGAAAAACCGCUCUCCAACAGAGACAGGAAGCUAAGACACAUAGUCAUAGCGAUUAGUCAUAAAUAUAACGAAACAAAUUAAAAUGCUCUAUCAACUUCUGCAUAUCUUCCUAAGUACCUAUAGUUUGCGGAAGUGUUUACAUAUAUUGUGGCAAUAAUUUUUAA